AUGGGCAACCCUGUAGAUCUUGUUUAACUUCGAAAAAAAGGCCUAUUCAUAAUAUAUUAUUAUUUCAGAAUAAACAUUAUUUUGGUCGUUUCGAGCGUAAUUUCCUUCUAUGGCCAUUGGUGUUAUACGAUUGAGAGUAUCAAGGAUAUACCAAAAAUUGCAGAGAGUGUUUGCACUGGAUUUCAAACACUUAUUUCGGUAAUCAAAAUGGUUUACUAUCUCUUCAUACAACGCCGUCUAUACUAUUUACUGUACAAGGCCCAAACUCAUGAAUAUAUUAGGAAAAUUGACAUUUUCCAUAAGAAUUUUCCCAUGUCUGAGAGGCUGCAGGCAAAAAUUGAUGAAAUCCUUGAUGCCAGCUGGAAGAACAUAAAUGGCCAAUUGAUAUUCUACAUCUGUUGCUGUGCUGCCAUUAUAAGCAAUUACUUCUUCAUGGCACUGUUUCAGAACAUAUAUCAUACCUGGAAGGAAACACCGAAUUAUGAGUUUGUUCUCCCUUUCCCAUCUGUGUAUCCCUCGUGGAAGGAUAAGGGCAUGUCAUUUCCCUACUAUCAUAUUCAAAUGUUCCUCGGCACUUGUUCCUGUUAUAUCUCCGGAAUGUGUGCUGUAAGUUUUGAUGGCGUUUUCAUUGUUCUUUCUGUACAUGGCGUUGGUCUUGUCAAAGUACUGAAUAUGCUAAUUGAGAACUCAACGUCUGCAGAUGUGCCCAAAGAGAGACGGGUAGAAUAUCUACGAUAUUGCAUUUAUCAAUAUCAGCGGAUUUCUGACUACACAGAUGAGUUACGCAAAAUUUACAAGCAUAUCAGUCUGACCCAAUUCCUAUUGAGUUUGUUGGUUUGGGGAAUAGUCCUAUUUCAAAUGAGCGUCGGAUUGGAGUCCGACUUAAUGACUUUAGUGCGAAUGAUAAUGUAUAUCUCAGCAGCUGGCUAUGAAAUUGUCCUGUACUGCUACAAUGGUCAACGAUUAACUUCAGAGUGCGAAAAAAUUCCAUAUGCUUUCUUCAGCUGCGAUUGGUUCAAUGAAUCCAAGGAAUUUCAGGAACUUACCCGUAUGAUGAUACUUCGCUCCAAUCGAAGUUUCUUCAUGGAAAUAUCUUGGUUCACUACUAUGACCUUGCCGACACUAAUGGCCAUGAUUAAAACAAGUGGAUCGUACUUUCUAUUGUUAAGAAAUGUAGCAGAAUAAAUGGAUACUGUUAUUUUAAAUUUCAUUUGCAAGUUACCAAGUCAUAGAUUAAGGAUUAUAAAUUGGCAUU